GCUGAAGUGAAGAUGAUUAGACAAGAUAUACUUGAAAAGAUAAAAGAAUUGUUUUAUAAGGGUUUUAACUACCGUUUAAUCCAUUAUUUGAUCCAGAGAAACCAUAACUGUGACAUAAGUUAUAAUUGCCUAACAAGAAAAGUUCUACCUAGACUUGGUUUGAAAAGGAGGCUUGCAGACAUUGCUCUAGAUGAAAUAUUUGAUAUUGCACAGAAAGAAAUACUGAAUGGAUGUUCAGGUGCUGAAAGUCUAAGAAGAAUUAUAAAAAUGAAACACCAGCUGAAUAUUACCAGGUCCAUAGCAAGAGAUAUAGUUCGUCUUUUGGAUGAAGAUGGGAUAAAGAGAAGGAAGCAGAGAAGACUGAGAAGAAGGCAAUACUUUAGUAAGGGUCCAAAUUUUGUUUGGCAUUUGGAUUUUCCAGACAGUUGAUAUGGCUGGAAGCAGAUGUGACUAAUAAAAGACCGGAGGUUGUAGCAGAAUACUUCCUGAAUGCAGUUCAUACUAUGAAAGGUUGUCCUCAAAAGAUAAGAG